AUGGGAAACUUGGCUCCGGAUAAAGGAACGCAAUGGCCGUUAUGGGUACAAUUUACACUACUUUCGCUAGCUGUUUUUGUAUUUUAUGUGGGAUACGGUUACAUGCAGGAGCUAAUCUUCCAGUUACCUGGGAUGAAACCUUAUGGCAUGUAUUUAACACUAUUUCAAUUUGUAAUAUAUAGCUUUUGUGGUUGGGCAGAAGGAUCGCUGUAUCACGAUACGAAGCGGAAAGUCCCACUGGAGAUUUACCUUCUGCUUGCAUUCUUCACUGUUGCAACAAUGGGCCUUUCGAAUGCAUCUGUCGGAUACCUUAACUAUCCCACACAGGUAAUUUUCAAAUGUUGUAAGCUUGUGCCGGUUCUAAUCGGCGGGAUUAUUAUACAAGGAAAGCGGUAUGGAUGUAUAGAUUUAAUUGCAGCUGUGCUUAUGAGCAUAGGACUCAUUAUGUUUACCUUGGCGGACAACAGUGUGUCUCCGAACUUUGAUCCCAGAGGAUAUAUUAUGAUCUCCGGCGCUCUGCUGGCAGACGCCGUAAUAGGGAAUAUUCAAGAGAAAAAUAUGAAGAAGUACGGUGGUUCCAGCAAUGAGAUGGUACUGUACUCCUACUCUAUAGGAUCGGUGUACUUACUCCUGUAUACGAUCAUCUCAGGAGAAUUCUUCAGCGCCUUUCAGUUUUUUCUUGAAAAUCCAGGGAAAACUUACGGAUACUCCAUUAUCUUUGCCCUUUUCGGAUAUCUCGGAGUGAAUGUUGUGUUAACUCUUAUAAAGGUCUGUGGAGCACUUGUGGCGGUUACGGUUACGACCCUUCGUAAGGCUCUCACAAUCAUACUUUCAUUUGUUCUGUUUUCAAAACCUUUUACGGUGGACUAUGUCUGGGCCGGCUUAGUCAUACUUUUUGCUAUUUAUCUGAACCUGUACAGUAAAAACAAGCAGAAGUGGGACGCUGAAGUGAAGCGAUUUGUUGUACGAUUCAUGCCUUCAUCAAGGGUGACGGUUUUCGCAAAGGAUGGCCCGUUCAUGGUCUGA